AUGGAGAUGAGGGGAAGGUGAUAGUGACCGCCGCGCUGUCUCGUGCCACCUGAGAGAACUUGUCCCCUGUUUUUGGCUGCAGUUUCAGUCUCCCACUCUGUAGCCAUUGAGACAGGAGAGAAAGGCCCCCAACGUUGACAGAUCAAACGUGUUUGGUUUAUCGAGCUCAAUAUUAUCCAGAAAAUACAAAAUAUUCAGUCAUUUGCAUGUGCAAACAAUAUCAGGUUGAAAUUAAUCGGUCGUAAUCAUUGGAGGGCUAUUAUCAGUGGACAGUCAGUACCAAACGUUAUCAGUACGCCAUGCCGGUGACGCCCUUCCCAUUCUGAAGAAUUAGUCAUCUGUGGGCAGGAUUUAAUUAUCGUACCUCGCUACAACGAAAUUAUCAGGAUUACAUUGGGGUAAUUUACUGGGUUCAGGAAAUAUGGACAACGAAGGGCGUAAGGUCAUUGUCUGUGAUAAUGGAACUGGGUUUGUCAAGUGUGGAUAUGCUGGUGCUAAUUUUCCAGCUCACAUUUUUCCAUCGAUUGUAGGACGACCAAUUAUCAGAGCCGUCAACAAAAUCGGCGAUAUCGAUGUCAAGCAAGAACUUUGCGUUCGUGACGUGCUUAACAUGCCUGCAUUGAUGGUGGGUGAUGAAGCCAGCAAGCUACGAUCGCUUCUGGAGAUUAGUUAUCCCAUGCAAAAUGGAAUUGUCAGGAAUUGGACGGAUAUGUGUCACGUCUGGGAUUACACGUUUGGCCCGGAAAAAAUGAAUAUCAAUCCACGUGAGUGCAAAAUAUUGCUGACGGAGCCACCGAUGAAUCCAAAAAAAAAUCGAGAGACCAUGAUCAAAAUUAUGUUUGAGAAGUACCAAUUUGCUGGAGUUUAUAUCGCGAUGCAAGCUGUUCUGACUCUUUACGCCCAAGGGCUCAUCAGUGGAGUUGUCGUCGAUUCCGGAGAUGGUGUCACCCAUAUCUGUCCUGUAUACGAGGAAUAUGCACUGCCCCACUUGACUCGAAGGCUAGAUAUCGCUGGUCGAGACAUCACAAUGUAUCUUAUUAAAUUGUUAUUGCUCCGGGGUUAUGCUUUCAAUCAUUCUGCAGACUUUGAGACUGUCAGGAUGCUCAAGGAGAAAUUGUGUUACAUUGGGUACAACAUCGAGACUGAAGAGAAAUUAGCAGUUGAAACAACUGUUCUUGUGGAAUCGUAUACUCUGCCUGAUGGUCGAGUGAUUAAAGUCGGUGGCGAGAGAUUUUCUGCACCUGAGGCUCUCUUCCAACCGCAUUUAAUAAACGUCGAGGCCCCAGGGAUCGCUGAACUAGUAUUCAAUACUAUUCAGUCCGCAGAAAUCGACAUGAGGAGUGAAUUGUACAAGCACAUUGUUUUGAGUGGGGGCAGUACGAUGUACCCAGGAUUGCCAUCGAGAUUAGAGAGGGAAAUAAAACAGCUGUACCUUGAACGAGUGCUGAAAAACGAUACAUCGAAACUAGGGAAAUUUAAAAUAAAAAUCGAAGAUUCACCCAGGCGCAAAGACCUCGUCUUCAUGGGUGGAGCUGUCUUAGCAGAAUUGACGAGAAACCGAGACUCCUUUUGGAUUACGAGAGAGGAUUACGAAAAAAAGGGACUGGGUGUGUUGAAACAGUUGGACAAUUAUGAUGCGAUGUAAAUAGGGUAAUUAAUAUUCUUCGGUGAAUAUAAUGAGACAAUUUGGGGAAUAGAGAGGGAAAUCUCUCGGUGAAAUGAUUUAUGGGGUGAAUUUUCAUUGUGCGGUAUCCUCAGAAGUUCGCAUAAGUGUUUUUACAUUUUUUUUAUACCACCAAGUGUUUUGUAUUUUGUGUCAUCAGGUAAAUCAAAUAUUUUAAUGUCUAAUUAAAUGUGCAAUUAACUUAUUCAUUGAAUUAUAUAUUAAUCGUACUCUGAGGAGGUCAAUUUACUGGGGCAAACGUCCGCACAAAUGAAAAUUCAUUUUGCUAAUUGGGGACUCAUGAAUGGAGUAGAUAAACUUAUUGCGCUCGCGCAGUUUGUAAAUAGCGCAUUUUCAUUCAAUUUUUUUUUCGAAUCGAAAUAAUUCCAUUUUUGUUACGAUUACGAUUAUAUUACCUUUAAUUGAAUAAUUAAAAACACGAUGAGCUCAAAA